UGGUUUGCUGACCACAGCCGCUUCCGCGACGCCUUCAUGUUCGGUUAAUACGCUCUCAACUUCGGCCGUUGACAUAAGAUGACCAGACACGUUCAACAUAUCAUCAACUCGACCCGUGACCCACAAGUAGCCAUCGGCGUCUCGCCUCGCACCUGUAAAACGAGAAUGAAAAGAUAAACUCAUUGUGAGUUCUUUCUAUCUGGCUAUGAAAAGUUCUGAAGGAACUCUGCAAACAAAAUGAAGACGCAUAAAUUUUCAAAAUUCUUCUAGAUCAUUCAGGUGUACAAAAUAAUUCAAGAAAUCGAUAGACUUUUGGCCGUUCAUUUAUCGUAUGAUAAUUUAGAAAAAAAAAAAGGAAAAACUUUGAUAAUGCCUAUUCAAAAAUUGAAAGCUCGACAAAUUUUUGAUUCCCACGGCGACCCAACGCUUGAGGUCGAUUUGAUCACUGACAUUGGGUUACUAAGGUCGUCAGUACCCUGCGUUUUUGCAGCGAACCCAAACGAGGCCCUUGAACUUCGAGAUAAUAACGAAGCGUCUUAUAAUGGUCGUUCUGUAUUUAAAGCAGUGGAGAAUAUCAACAAUAUCAUAGCACCAGAGCUGAUCAGGUCAAAACUCGAAGUCUGCCAGCAACGGGAAAUUGAUAAUCUGAUGAUUGCUCUUGACGGGACGGAGAAUAAAUCUAGGCUUGGCGCUAAUGCGAUUUUGGCGGUCUCCAUAGCUUGCUGUAAGGGUGGUGCAGCAAAAAAAGGCUUACCACUCUACAAAUACAUCGCCGAAUUAUCUGAUAAUCGGGAAAUCGUUCUUCCCGUACCUGCUUUGAACAUAAUCAACGGUGGAAAAUAUUCAGGGAAUUCUCUCACCUGUCAAGAAUUCAUGAUACUGCCUACAGGUGCUGUGAGUUUUGCGGAUGCGAUGAAAAUGGGGACUGAAGUGUACCGUGCAGUUGAACUAAAACUCGCUGAGCAGCAAGAGACAAAACCGCCUCUUCCCGUAAGCGAAAAAGGAGGCUUCACUCCGGAAUUAGAAGACGAUAAGGAGGCGCUCACGAUAAUUGACGAGGCAAUAAAAACCGCAGGCUACGAGGGAAAAAUUAAGAUCGCUAUGGAUAUGUCGGCAUCUACUUUCUGCAAAGAUGGAGCGUACGAUCUAGCUUUCAAAAGUGACGAUUCUGACCCCGACGAUUACCUUGAAUCUGAGGCACUUCGGGAUCAAUAUUUGGAGUACCUAACAGAGUUUCCUAAUAUAGUAUCAAUCGAGGAUCCUUUCGAUCAGGAGGACUGGGACGGUUGGCCAAUGCUGAUGGACCAACCGAUCCAAAUAGUGGCGGAUGAUUUGACCGCUAUGAACGUUGAAAGAAUAGAAGAAGCAAUCGAAAGACAAUCCGCUAAUUGUCUUCUUAUCAGAUUAUCACAAAUUGGAACCAUAACUGAGGCAAUAAACUGCAACCGUUUGGCGAGGACCAGUGGAUGGGGUUGCCUAAUUACCAGCGGAUAUGGAGAAACGGAAGACACGUUUGUAGCGGAUAUGGCCGUGGGAAUAUCAGCCGGGCAAUUUAAGGCAGGAGCUCCCUGCAGGACUGAGAGAAUCGCUAAAUACAAUCAAAUUUUAAGAAUCGAAGAGGAACUUGGUAAAAACGCAAAAUACGCCGGAAAUAAUUUCCGAUACCCCUUCAGCAAAUAGAAGAAAAAAGAAAAGGUAUUUAAAGGACGGCAACGCUUACCGUCCCC